GCCUUUCCAGCCCGUCGCUUUCCACCCCUCUCCGGCUGCCCUGCUGCCCGUCAUCGUGCCCCACGACUACCCGGGGCCUCCGGCCCCCAAGAAGGAGAUAAUCAUGGGCCGGCCUGGCACAGUCUGGACCAACGUGGAGCCGCGCUCCGUGGCCGUGUUCCCGUGGCACUCCCUCGUGCCCUUCCUGGCCCCCAGCCAGCCAGACUCCUCCGUGCAGCCCAGUGAGGGCCAGCAGCCUGUCAAUCACCCAGCAGUGUCCAAUCAGAACAAAGAGCCUCCAGAAUCAGCGGCCGUUGCUCACGAGCUCCCGGGAGCAUCUUCAGGGGCUGAGCUGGGGAAGUUGGUGGCUUCCUGCCCCGACAGGCCAGCCUCAGCCCCCCACAUCCGCCCCUUCCUGAGAGAGGGAUGUGAUUGGCUGCAGGUGCAUUGCUAG